AUGGCGGAGGCGGCGCGGCCGCUCCUGCCCGACUCGGUGCUGCUGCAGGUCCUAGCGCUGCUGCCGCUGCAGGACCGGCUGCGAGCGGCCAGGGUCUGCCGGCGGUGGCAACAGCUGGCGCAGGACCGAGCGGUCUGGACACAUGUGGACCUGAGUCCUCACCGGAUCAGCCGCCGCACCCUGUGGCACCUGGUCCGCCACCGCCUCCCCGACAGCCUGUGCACCCUGCGGAUGCGGGGCACGCCCCGCUCCCUCGGCAAGCAGCGGCUCCUCUCCCCGGCACUGCUGGCUGCCCUCCGGAAGCACUGUCCGCAGCUCCAUCGCCUGUGCCUGACCGAGACAGACCUGCGCCACGUCCCUUAUGAGAGCAUCCCCUCUUCUGUCACCACACUGGAGCUGAACCUCUGCGACAUUCCCGAUGCCUGGUUCUGCGUCUCCCCUUUGGUGCCACCACCACAGGUACAACACCUCGCUAUCCACAGCAUUCCCACCUUUUCUGACCAUCAUCUUCUUGACAUUUCCUCACAGAACCAACUGAAGACACUGAGCCUUUGUGGCACUUACCGCAUCACUGAUACGGGAAUCCAAGCAGCAGCUCCACACCUGGAAGAGCUAGAACGCCUCAUUCUCCGCCACUGCAUCAUCGGUGAUGCUGCCAUGGUAUUCAUUGGGCGCCACAUGAAGCAGCUCCGCUACCUGGAAAUCAGCAAUGCCUACUUCCUGACAAACAGGGGCCUGGUUUCUAUUGCAACACUGGAGCACCUGGAGACCCUGUGCCUCGACCUUUACGAUUUGGUCUCCCUUGGUACUGUUAUUGCUUUGUUGCAAGUGCUGCCUCGCCUGAACCACCUCAAAUUAGGCGGAACUUGCUUUGAAGAUGAAGUCCUCCAUAAAAUUCAGGAGAAUUUUCCACAUUGUGCCAUAUCUCACACUCCUUGACAACCUGAAAUAUUAUCCUUCCUUACUACACUUGAAGUGCUUCUUUUUUACAUAAAGCCUGAUUUCCUCUACAUAGUUUUGGGGCAGAAUUCUCAUUGGCCUUAAAACAUUAAGUUUUUCAUGUAAAUACGUUAAGAAGCUUGUCACAUAAAUAAGUUUGUUAAGAAAUUUUUUAUAGGGUUUCUCCAUCCUUGUUUUCCAUGGAUUGGAGGAAUAGGAAAGCUGGGAAGUACACUGAGUCUUUGGGAACCCCACUGACCAAACACUGGCUGGGGGAAUAACUAGUUUAAGCUCUGUCUUCUCUUUCUCCACUGCUGAGGAUCAGACACCAGCUUAAGGAGGGCAGAAUUAAAGAAGCAAAGUGAGUUUCCCUCCCACCACUGAAAAAACAGAUCUGGCAGCCAAAAACUCAUGAAUUCCAGUUCCUUCCCCUUUCCUUCAAAUUCAGAUCUUCAAGUCAGUCCCCGGACAGGUUUUGGUCCUGGGGGUUCUUGAACACCUGGUCCUGAGAGCCAGGCAUUCCGUUUGCCCAUGGGCAUUGCUGUGCCUGCCAUUACCUCUGGGUUUUGCUGGGAACAUCCAUGUUUCCUCAUCACCUUUAAUUGUCUAUGUUCUCUUUCUCUUCUUUCUCCUUUCCCCCCCUGCCCCCUCAAUAUCCUAACUCCAGAGAAGUGGCCAAAUGUUAUUAUGUUGUUAUUCCUAAUUUUUAUUCUAUAUUUUAA